UGUAUCCAUAGAAACCUAAAUUCCAUUUAGUCAGUAAAAGGUAAAACGUAGCACUUACUAUAAUAAAAUCCAAUAAUCCUUAUCAAAAUAUACAAAAAUCGUAAAAACCUUAAAAUGUCAGUAAAUGCGGGUGAUAAUUUAUUAAUUGAAAAAGAAUUGAAAAUUGUAGUAUUAGGAGAACCAUCUACAGGAAAGAGUUGUAUCGUGUCUAGAUAUUGCCAUGAUGAUUACACAAGACAAUAUAUACCAUCAUGUGGCGUAGAAUUUUAUUUAAAAAGAACACAAAUUCAAGGCCAUAAUGUCAGAAUCAAUAUUUGGGAUACAAGUGGAUCAACUAAUGUACUAUUAAAAAAAUACAUUUAUAAUGCUGAUGCAAUUAUACUUGUGUAUGAUAUAACAGACUGUGUUUCGUUUUCGGCUGUGUCGACAUGGUACAAUAAAGCAAUAAGUGUUCAUUAUGACAAUGUACCAACGUUUGCUUUAUUUUCAAAUAAAUGUGAUUUAGAACAUAAAAGAUCAGUUGCUGAAGAAAAGCAAAUAUUGUUUUCAAAAGAAUUUAAAAUACCAAUUUCUCAAUCAGUAUCUGCACGCACUGGUGAAAAUAUAAUGUUUGCUUGGCAACAGUUAGUGGCUGAAUGUUUGGGAUUAAAACUUUCGAAGUUUGAUUUAGAACAACAUUUAGUAAAACCUGUGAAAGCAGAAAUUGAAACUACGGCCAAUCAGUAUAAAACUAUGAUAUCGAAUCAACAGCAAAAUAUGUCUUCUACAAUUUGUGUUAUUCAAUAAUGUUUAAAAUUAAUAACAAUAUUAACAAAACAAAUGUAAUGCACUUUUUUAGUAGGUUUUAUAAAUUUAAAUAUAAUUAAAACAAGAUGAAAUAUUAAUAAUUAAAAAUAUUAUAAAUAAAAGGUUGUAAAAUAAUUGUAUGUAUUUAACUUGAUAAAACUUACUGAGGUCAUUUAAAAAUUAUAAUUUAUUGAUUUCAUUACACGUGAUGAGUGUUAGUGUAUUACUAAUGGUCCAAAAUUUGUUUUAAUUAUGUUCUUUUAAAACUAUAAUUAAUAAAUUAUAAUAGAUAUCAUUAAA